GAGCCGGCUCCGUCCCGGCCCCGCCGUGACAUCAGGCCGCUCUUUCUGCGCGGGGGCGGCCGCGGGCGCUCCCGGUGCCUGCCCCGCUGCUGCGGGCGCUCCCGCACCGCCCCGCUCCGCUCCGCUCCCCCCCGAGCAUCGCCCCCACGUCCCCGCUGCGGCUCCCCGGGCAGCCGGGGGGGCUGGCGGGGCCGGCGGCGGGUUUUGGGGCCGGGGAUGCGGCGGCCCCGCCGAUGGUGAGCCGCCGCCGGGCCCCGCCGCACCAUGUCCCCGCCGGCCCCGAGAGGAUGUUCGAGGGCUGCCGGCGGGCGAGGAGCCUCUGGGGCGGCGUCAGGCUGGAGGUGGCCGGAGAGAGCAGCCCCGUGGUGCUGCACAGCUUCACGCAGCUCGACCCCGACCUGCCGCCGCUGGAGAGCUCCACACAGGAGAUCGGAGAAGAGCUGGAGGAUGGUGUGAUCUACAGCAUAUCCCUCCGGAAAGUGCAGCUCCACCACACGGCCAACAAAGGGCAGCGCUGGCUGGGGUUUGAGAAUGAGUCAGCCUUAAACCUCUACGAGACGUGCAAGGUGCGGACGAUAAAAGCCGGGACCUUGGAGAAGCUGGUGGAGUACCUGGUCUCAGCCUUCAAGGGCAAUGACUCCACCUAUGUCACCAUCUUCCUGUGCACCUACCGGGCCUUCGCCACCACCAAGCAAGUGCUGGACCUGCUGCUGAACAGGUAUGGCAAACUCCACGUGCAGGCGAAUGGGGACCACGCCAGGCACACUGUGGACGAGAGGAUGGAGCUGAAGAACACCAUCUCCUCCAUCCUGGGGGCCUGGCUGGACCAGUACUCGGAGGAUUUCCGCAAGCCCCCCGACUUUGCCUGCCUGAAGCAGCUCAUCUCCUACGUGCGCCACAACAUCCCCGGCUCCGACCUGGAGCGCCGAGCCCGCAUCCUGCUGGCCCAGUUCCAGCAGCAAGAGCAGAGCGAGGCCGAGGCAGAAGCUGUGGACCACAGCAGCUGCACCUUCCAGCUGGUGGAAGAGAACGGGGUUGGUGAUGGGAAGCCAGAUUUCCUCUCCUUCUCCCCAGAGAUGGUGGCAGAACAGUUCACACUGAUGGAUGCUGAGCUGUUCAAGAAAGUGGUGCCUUACCACUGCCUGGGCUGUAUCUGGUCCCAGAGGGACAAGAAGGGCAAAGAGCACCUGGCCCCCACCAUCCGUGCCACAGUCUCCCAGUUCAACAGUGUGGCCAACUGUGUCAUUGCCACUUGUCUUGGGGACAGGUCCCUGAAGCCACAGCAGAGGGCCAAGGUGGUGGAGCGGUGGAUAGAAGUGGCUCGGGAGUGCCGCAUCCUGAAGAACUUCUCCUCCCUCCGAGCCAUCCUCUCAGCCCUGCAGUGCAACGCCGUGCACCGGCUGAAGAAGACCUGGGACGAGGUCCUGAGGGAGAGCUUCCGCACAUUCCAUGAGCUCUCAGAGAUCUUCUCCGACGAGAACAACCACUCGCUGAGCCGGGAGCUUCUCAUCAAGGAGGGCACAUCCAAAUUUGCCACCUUGGAGAUCAACCCAAAGAGGGCUCAGAAGCGGCAGCAGCAGCAGCGAGAGAUGGGUGUGAUGCAGGGCACCAUUCCCUACCUUGGCACCUUCCUCACGGACCUGGUGAUGCUGGACACAGCCAUGAAGGAUUUCCUGGAUGGUGGGCUGAUCAACUUUGAGAAGAGAAGGAAGGAGUUCGAAGUCAUUGCACAGAUCAAGCUGCUCCAGUCAGCCUGCAACAACUACAGCUUCACACAGGAGGACCAGUUCGUGGAGUGGUUCCACAGCCUGGAGCGGCUCAGUGAGGCUGAGAGCUAUGGGCUGUCAUGUGAGAUUGAGCCACUGUCAGAGUCAGCCAGCAACACGUUGAAGGCCAAGAAAAACACGGGCAUCAUCAAGAGAUGGAGCGACCGGCAGCCACCAAGCACGGAGCCCUGUGCCAGCGGCAGCUCCCACUCGAAAUCCUUCGACCAGCUCAAGUGUGGGCAGUACCUGUGCAGUGGGGACGCCACUGACUCAGUGAGUGUCACCUCUGCUGGCUCGAGCAGCUCCGAUGUGGAGGAGAUCAACAUCAGCUUCAUCCCUGAGUCCCCCGACUGCCAGGAGAAGAAGGUCAGUGAGAUCCCUCUGGCCUCCCUCCCCCAGCGCUGGUACGCCCCGUCUGUGGCCGAUGGAGAAGCUAAACCCACUGUGUCCUCCGCAUCCCCUCUCCUCCCUGCCCUCCAGUUCUGGGAAUCCACCUCCCUCUCUUCCCUGGACACGUCAGGCAUCGGCUCAGGCUCCAGCAGUGCCUCCUCCUCUUCCGUCUCCUCCACGCCGGUGACGGCCUCCCGCACACACAAGCGCUCGGUCUCCGGCAUCUCCAGCUACUCCUCACUCUCGCUGCCCCUCUACAACCAGCAGGUCGACGACUGUUGCAUCAUCCGAGUCAGCCUGGCUGUGGACAACGGCAACAUGUACAAGAGCAUCCUGGUGACGAGCCAGGACAAGACCCCCGUGGUUAUUCGCAAGGCCAUGGCCAAACACAACCUGGAUGGGGACCGGCCUGAAGACUAUGAGCUUGUCCAGAUCAUCUCGGAGGAAAGAGAGCUGAAAAUCCCUGACAAUGCCAACGUCUUCUACGCCAUGAACUCCGCUGCCAACUAUGACUUUGUGCUCAAGAAGCGGGGCUUCUCCAAGGGGGUGAAGAUCAAGCACGGCUCCAGCUCCACCCUGCCCAGGAUGAAGCAGAAAGGCCUGAAGAUCGCCAAGGGCAUCUUCUAGCCUCAGCCCCACUGCCACCCAUCACCGACGGGGCCUUGGGGGCAGCUGCUCCAGGCUUGGCUGUGGCCGCUCCUUGUGCUGCCCUGCAGGGCAGAGGAGUGACCCUCACCCACGGGCUACGGCCGUGCACCUCCCUUCCACACCCAGAGCUGAGAGUUGGGCAACUGGUGUCGGCCUCUGCCUCUCUCUGCACAAGCUCCCGUUCCAAUCAGGUCUUUUUUUCUACACAGGAAGGCAGCAGUGGGGGGGGAUUUGUCUAUUUUUUGUUUUGUUUUGUUUUUUAACCUUCCACGGUGCGACACUCGGCCAGCCCGGCCAGCCCAGAGCUGGAGUCCGCCUCUGCCGUAGGUGCCUUGUGUCUGAGUGAGCUGAGGAGCAGUGACUUGCAGAGGGGCUGUGUGACAGAGCUGAACAGAAGCCACCAUCACCCUGGAAGGAGCUGCCAAGCCUCCUUCCCAGCUUUCCCAGUGUUACCUCCACGUCUGUCCUCCCUGGGAUCACUGGCGUUGCCACCACCGCACAGCUCUGCCUGUCCUUCCCUUGGGAGAAGCCACGGAUGCCCUGGGCUGGGAGGUGAGCUGGAAGGAUGCAGCCCUGCACCAGUGCUGAGCCCUGUGGAGGAGCCUGUGGCUGUGCCAUGAUGGAGUGGGUGCCUCGUGCUCUCCCCAGCUGGAAGCCUGCGUGGUCUCGCUCCUCUCCUGAUCCAGCGCCUCCUCCAUCUGGACUGGGCCAGUCCAAACUUGCACCAAAGAUCAAAUGCCAGUGUCUCUUCUGCCAAGGGGGAGCUUUGGGCCAUGCCCCCGGCGCUGCCAGCCUGAGGAGGAGGAGAGCAAAGUUCUGUGUGAAACUGUGUAAAUAGAGACUUUGGGUCUGUGUGGGCACGGAGGGGCCGGAGAGCUCAGGGUGCUCCAGGUGCCCCAGCUGCCACUGCCUGACCCACAGAAAGUGCCACUCACCUUGGGCUUUAACCGGACUUUUUCAAACACUGACCAUGGGAGAAGCAGCAAUGAGACUUUUUUUUUUGUAUAAAACAAAAAAGUUUACUCUUUUUUUUUUUCAGUAUUUAUUGGUUGUAAAUAGAAGAGGUAAACUUGUACAUUUUACUAAUCCAGCCUCCCCCUGCCCUGCAGCCCAGUCCCUGUCCUGUGCCCCCCCUGGUAUUUAAGGCUGCUGGGAGGGACGCUGGCAGCAGCAGCAGCAGCAGCAUUGCUCUGCUGUGCUCAUGGGGUGCAGACCCUGCCAGCCCCCCCCUCCCAAAUUCUCUACCACUAAUCGCUCGAGCAGGGGCAGAGAUGCUUGUUUUAAUCACUGUAGGAAACACUAACCAAAGGGGGACCUUUUGUUGCUCCUGCCUCCAUCUCUGUUUUUAAAGCGCGUCAUUCCAGCAGAUCUUUUCCGUUUCCCAUCCAUCAGCGUUCCUGGGUGGUUGUGGUGCCUUCCCUGCUCCAGGACAGGGGCUGGGGCUGGUGAGGAAGAGGCUGCUUGGGUGUGAGCGUGGCUGGCACUGAGCUCCUCCAGCCCCGUGGCCCCUUGGGCAGCGCUGCCCAUGAUGCACAUGAUGGGAGCUCCUGGCUCCCUGACGCAGGGGCAGCCUCCUGCCUCCCCCCCUGCCCAAAGCCCCUUCCCCUGGGCACCAGCACCCCUGGGAGGGUGUUCCCUCUGCUCCGUGUGCCUGCCCACCCUGGGACUGUCCCCUCCCCUCCCGCCGGUGCCACUGGGGGGACUGGCUGUACCGUAUGUAUUUUGUACCACUUCAAUGAAGGAGCACACUGCCCGGUGUGACUUGUACACAGCAAUGUAAUUAGUCUUUGCAAUAAAAUACUGAUGCUCAAA